AUGGCUACCGGAGCCAAUACUAUACUAGUAGGACAAAAUAACAGCACCCCUAAUAAUCCACCGCUGAACAACAAUAACAAGGUUUUGGAUCCCUUGUUUUUCCCUUCUGAAGAAAUCGAGAGGCCAGUGCAACACACUCAUAGUAAAAAGAGGCAUGUUGAAGAAGAGGCCCCUGAACAACAAGAAACUGGACGAGAAACUUCAGCACUGGUCACCACGUGA